GGGCCCUCCCUCUACCGCAGCUGCGUGCUGCUGGGGGCCGCCAUCGGGGUGGCCACCAACACGGCCUACGGCCCCCGGCGCCUCAGGGCAUCGCGGACCUUCAUCGCCGUCAUCUGCCUCCUCAUGGGCAUCUACAUGAUGGUGAAGCUGCUGCUCUACUCAGAGGUGCGGAGGACCAUCAGGGACCCCUGGUUCUGGGGGCUCUUUGCCUGGACCUACGUGGCGCUGGCGGCCACCUUUGGGCUGUGGCAGGGGCUGGCUUGUGUCACCUCCUCCCGCGAGGCACUGGGGCCCGGCUCCGAGUCCCGUGCCGAGGCAGAGGAGAGCUGCGACGGCGGCGCGCCGCGGGACAAGCGGGAGGGGGCGGCCGGGCCCCCCAUCCCUAACGCGCCGGAUGCCUUCUUCCUGGGCAUCGCCUCCUUCUUCCUCCUCGUGGCCGCUCUGGGUGAGCGAAUCCUCUGCCGAUCCUGCGCGGUGGGGCUGAAACACUGUGUUCUGUGCUUGUCCCUCUUCUCCACGGCGGUGCUGGUCAUGUCGCUGCUCGCCAUAGGAAGCUCAUUUGCCGCAGGUAUCCGGGGCGGCGUUUUUACGCUCAUAUUUGCAAGACUGAACAUUCGCCUUCACCGCUUCCCGUCGGCGGGCUGUGUUCGGCCGUCGCCAGGAGAGCAGGGCGCCGUCACGCGCAACGGGGAUGUCAUCUCCCGCUUGACAUCGGACACGACCAUCGUGAGCGACCUGGUCUCCCAGAACAUCAACAUCUUCCUGCGCAAUGUGGUGAAGGCCACGGGGGUGAUCUUCUUCAUGUUCAGCCUUUCUUGGAAGCUCUCACUCGUCACCUUCAUGGGCUUCCCCAUCAUCAUGCUGGUGUCUGAUGUCUAUGGGAAGUACUACAAGAAGCUCUCCAAGGAUGUGCAGAACGCCCUGGCCAAGGCCAACAACACCGCCGAGGAGACCAUCUCCGCCAUGAAGACCGUCCGCAGUUUUGCCAACGAGGAGACGGAGGCGAACGUGUACUGGCAGAAGCUGCAGCAGGUUUACAAACUCAACAAGCGGGAGGCCAUGGCUUACACCUACUACGUCUGGUCCAGCGGGCUGACCCUCCUGGUGGUCCAGGUCAGCAUCCUUUACUAUGGCGGGCACCUCGUGAUCUCGGAGCAGAUGACAAGCGGAAACCUGAUAUCCUUCAUCAUUUAUGAGUUCGUCUUAGGAGACUGCAUGGAGUCCGUUGGCUCUGUCUACAGCGGCCUGAUGCAGGGAGUGGGAGCUGCAGAGAAGGGGUUUGCCGAGAAGGUGUUUGAGUUCAUCGACCGCAAGCCAACCAUGGUGAACGACGGCUCCCUGGCUCCAGACCACGUGGACGGGAAGGUGGAGUUCAGAAACGUGACGUUUUCCUACCGCACUCGCUCCGCAACCCAGGUCCUCCAGGAUGUGUCCUUCACCCUGCAUCCCGGCAAAGUGACGGCGCUGGUGGGUCCUUCGGGGAGCGGGAAGAGCUCCUGUGUCAACAUCCUGGAGAACUUCUACCCUCUGCAAGACGGGCAGGUGCUGCUGGACGGCCGUCCCAUUACCAUGUACGAUCACAAGUACCUGCACUCAGUGAUCUCCCUGGUGAGCCAAGAGCCGGUGCUGUUCGCCCGCUCUAUUGCGGAUAAUAUUUCUUACGGCUUAACCUCAGCUUCCUUUGAGUCGGUUGUUCAGGCUGCCCAGAAGGCCAACGCGCACGCCUUCAUCACGGAGUUACAAGACGGCUACCACACAGAGGCAGGUGAGAAAGGAGCCCAGUUGUCAGGUGGCCAGAAACAGAGAGUGGCAAUUGCCAGGGCCUUGAUCCGAGCCCCCCCCAUCCUCAUCCUGGAUGAAGCCACGAGCGCGCUGGAUGCGGAGAGCGAGCACGCGAUUCAGCAGGCGAUCUACGGCGACUUGCAGAACCACACGGUGCUUGUCAUAGCUCACAGGCUGAGCACUGUCGAGAAGGCACACAACAUCAUUGUGCUGGACAAGGGCCGCGUGGUGCAGCAGGGCUCGCACAAGGAGCUGAUGGAAGAAGGAGGCCUUUAUUCCAAGCUGGUGCAGAGACAGAUCCUGGUGCUGGAGGGGGGUGGCGCGGACAGUCGCCAACCCGCAGCCCGGGGGGAUUCGGCGAAGGCGCCCGGCGGGCUGGAGGAAGAGUUCAGGAUAGACCAUUCCCUGCCGGCCGUGGCGCAGGACGAUCACACACAAAAAAGCACUAUAGAGCUUCCUGAUGCCGGCUGGUUAAAGGGGGAAACGGAUUUAUUCGAGGGAGUUGGGUCUUUAGCAAUUCCCAGCGUUUCUGCUGGGUUUCUUUUCUUACUACCAGUUAAUUCCUCUCGAUGGGACUUUUCUCCCGUUGAUAUGCAUGUGUAA